CGCGUGCGCACAGAGCGCCAGCUACAAGUGGAGACUGACAUGAUGGCUGUCGUUUGAGGAUUAUGUGCAGAAUCUCCGCGAAACCAUGGCUUUCCUGUGUCCAGUGAGGAUCCGAAGAGGCAAGAAAAAGAAAAGUGAUGUGGACAAAGAUGUGUUGCGUGGUCCCGGGAUGGGUCGCAUCACCGGCAGCGCCUCAAUCGAGACCCUCGUCAGGGUCGGAAUCGAGAAGGAGAACGGCCUUUCCCCGGACAGUAAGAUGGUCGUUCUGCACGACUUCACGCCCUGCGUGGAUGACGAGCUGGAAGUCAAGCGUGGACAUAUCGUCAACGUUCUUUACCGCGAGAAUGACUGGGUGUAUGUGAUAUCAGAAAACAGACACGAGGGCUUCAUACCCCACUCGUACUGCACCCCGUACGGUUCACACCUCGGUGACCUGGCGUUAAACAAUGUCAAGAAAAAACUGCCCAGGGACAGCAGUAAAGGUCACCUGGACACGUCUCAGGACGACUCGGCAGUUCGGUCCAUGGGAAACCUCUCAAGUCCACAAAGCGGUCCGCCUGACUUGUCAGUCUCGGACAGUGAAAGUUACGGGAUGAACAAUAAAAAAAGCAUCAUCACGCAGGCAACGAGUCACCACCAGCAGCAGGUGAUUCGAGGGUCGCAGGCGUCUCUCCACAGCAUGGGUUCAUCUCAGCCAGAAAUCCACCCUUUCUUCAAAGACCCGGCUGGUCGUUACAUUGUCUUGUACACAUUCAUUGCGCGAGAUGAAAAUGACGUCAGCGUUGAGAGGGGUGAGUUUGUAACGGUGCUCAACAGGGAAGACCCUGACUGGUAUUGGAUAGUGCGGAGUGACGGCCAGGAAGGCUUCGUGCCAAGCGGGUUUGUCUACCCGGCAGACGUGAUUCAAGCAUCUCUUUCGGGCCAUCUCAAUCAAUCUCCAGUGCAGCCUGCCAACAAUUUCUCCCCUCCAAACUCCCCGCCGCACCACAUGUCGCCAGCAAACUCUGAUGAGCUUCGUUAUCACGGCACAGAGUUGGUCAUGCUGUAUGACUAUAAGGCACAAGCUCCAGACGACUUGACCGUACGGCGCGGCGACUGGAUCUACGCCGACCUGGGCAAUCAGACGGUGGACGGGUGGCUCUGGGCUUACGCGCCCAAGACGAGAAAGUACGGUUUCAUCCCUAAGGCGUACGCGCGUCCGCCGGCGAUGACCAGCCUGUGACCUGCCGUAUUUAUUGGCGCCACCGCGGACCCUCUGCUGAGGACCAAGGUGUGAACCGAUCAGUGUCAUACUACAACACAGAGGCCUGUCGCCUGGCGCCGAAUCCUCUCCUCCCACUGUCCCUCUUGCCAUCGUGUUAAUAGGAAUGUUCAAAGUACAUACAUACUUAAACGAGUAACUUUAACGAGACGAGAGUGCCUGCAAGACAGUAUUAACUCAUGCGAUACGCAAAAGCAGUAUUUUUUGAUGCAUUUUUGUAAGAAGGAACAAUCGGAUGAGAAACUGACAAUAAUAAUACCUUGCUUUUUUGGUUAUUGGAUUUUUAUCGUCAAGAGCAUUAUUACUUAGAUCUUGUUGAAUGUGUGCUUAUUUAUUUUUCAAACAUGUCCCAGAGUUGUGUUGACCAUCGAAAGCUCUGGACGUCGAGGUACAGUGCACAAAAUGUUGAGAUUAUGAUGUAUACUCUUUUUUUAAUAUACAAUAAAACAAAUUAAUCUAUUGAAAA